GACAACAUUUGUGUGCAGACAACGAAAGUGAAACCAUCGUCGAGUGCGGCUUGCCAACUUAGAACUGCGAUUCAAAAGCUCAUAAUAAGUGAACGAGAGUGAAGAUUUCUUCAAACAACAUGCAGUUUCUCACACUGCUCGCAACAUUACUUCUGAUUACAACUACUCACAACUCCGACGGAUAUGGUUUACAGCAGACAUCACUACAACAAAAUAAUGGACCGUAUCCAAUAUAUGGCCCUCCACCGCUCUCGCCGCCUGCUGCUGCACCCUGCACGGAACAAACGGCCGCUCCAGCAGCCACUCAGGUGCCUGUUUUGACAGCUGUGGUGCGAACGCUUGGACCUUCGGGCCGAAAUUAUGAAGUGAAACUCUCUCAAUCAAAUCAUCUCAACUUAGUGCAUGCACAACCACCACAACACGCAGCGAUAAAUGGACCACCGUCUUACUACACCAACAAUUACCAACCCGGCAGCACUAGCGCAAGGUAUUUGCCGCCAACUAUACCAACUCAACUAAGACCUUACCCACAAGCUUUCCGUGGAAUACCUGAACAGCAAUACGGUAACAGUGCUGCUGGUUCGCAUAUUUCUUACUCAUCACAUCAGAAUCCGCUGCUGACACCUCAGUAUAUACAACGAACUCCACACACGGCCCUAACACCACCUCCAUCACAGUCGCAGUCCUUUUCGCAUUUUAGCAAUCAACAGCAGCAACAUUUGGUUGUCGGGUCCCAGCUUGGCAAUCAGCAGCAACAACAAUCGAUUCCCGGGUCCCAACUGAGCAAUCAGCAGCAGCAACAGCCGUUUGCUGGAUCACCACUUGGCGCUCAACAAGGCAACAAUGUUGACAUUAACGGUAUCGCUCCAAAUUCUCAAUUUAGCGCAGCCGCACAAACGAACUCCCCAUCUACAUCCUCUACAGACGGUUCCAUCAAUGGCAUUCCUGGUAAUUACAUUUCACAAUCCGAGGUCGGCCAAUUGGAUCAUUACUUCGAGAAACAGAAUCCAGUCGGCGACACACGCCCUUUUACACGUGUCAUCAGCACCUGCUAUCCCGAUGGUCAUUGCGAGCAACAGCAAUUGGGCGCCGGUCAAGUCGACCAAAGGCACCAGCACGUGGUAACAACGGCGCGAGCGCGUGUGCAACCGAUCUCGGAUAAAUGUCGCGCCUUAAGCAAUACAGGCGCCAUUGCGCCAUUCAGUGUUGGAUCCGUAAGCGUGGGAGGUGCUGCGCUGAAUUCGAUGAAGCGUCCACCAAAUCGUCGGCGCUAUCCAUACACCGAAGUAGUCAUACCGCGCGAUCCGUUCAACUGAAAAUGCUAAAAUAAUACAAAAUGUUUAUUUACUUAACUGUGUUUACCAAGAAAAUACAUUUAUUCGUGACGAUUUUUUGUGUUAAUUAAGUGCGGGCUACAUUCUUUUAAGCUUAGUUUAUCGUUAAGUUUCAAGUUUAGAUUUUUUGAGAAUAAAUUAUUAUAAUGAAGAAUCGAAGGUUUCUGUUAUUUUGUUUUAUGAUUCAUAAAUGCAGAGAUUCACACUGGAC